AUGGACGUAGAUCAAGAGAAGAAGAAGGGGGAGGUGGACUACACCGCGCUGGACAAGGACAUCGCGUCGUUCGUGGAGCUGGCCAAGAAAGAUCUCCAUGCGGGUAUUGAGGGUCUCUUAUCGCUGGAGCGCACGCAGCGCACGGCGGAGGCCCUGGAGGGCACCCGGCGCUGCUGUUCAGCCAUCCUCGACGCGUGCUUCGCCAAGAAGGACUGGAAGCAGCUGAACGACUCCAUCACCGCCCUCUCGAAGCGAAGAGGCCAGCUCAAGAACGCGAUCGUGGCGUUCGUGCGGCAGGCAAUGGACUACGUGUCGCAGCUCCCGGACGAGCCGACGCAGGUGGAGCUCAUCGAGACGCUCCUCGCGAUCACCGCGGGCAAGAUCUUCGUGGAGAUCGAGCGCGCGCGGCUCGUGAAGCGUCUCGCGCACAUGAAGGAGGCCAAGGGCGACGUGGAGGCCGCGGCGGACCUCAUCCAGGAGGUCCCCGUGGAGACGUUCGGCGCGAUGCACCGCACGGAGAAGGUGGCGUUCAUCCUCGAGCAGGUCCGGCUGUGCCUGGACCGCGGCGACCCCACCCGCGCGCAGAUCCUGUCGAAGAAGAUCUCGCCCAUGGCCUUCAAGGUGGGCAAGGGCUCCGAGCAGCAGUUCGGGAUCGAGGGAACCGCGAUCCAGGCCGCCGCGGAGGGCACGCCGCCGCUCCAGGAGCUCCGCGUCAUCUACUACCAGCUCAUGAUGCGCUUCCACGGGCACCACAACGACUACCUGGAGGUGGCGCGGUGUCUGCUCGCGAUCAUGGAGGACGAGACGAUCGCGGCGGACGCAGCGCGGUGGAAGCCGCUGCUGAAGCAGACGGCGUGGUACCUCGCGCUGGCGCCGGCGACGGUCGAGCAGCGCACGCUGAUGGCGUCGACCACCGCGGACCGCAAGCUGAAGGACCUCCCCGUGCACCGCGAGAUGCUGGCCGCCUUCACGACGCAGGAGAUCUGCGCGCAGGAGUCCUUCGCGGCGCGGUUCGGCGCGGCGAUGGAGGAGGAGACGGAGAUCUUCGCGGGCGAGGCCGGGCCGAAGCGCCGCGAGGACCUGAAGCUGCGCCUCGUGGAGCACAACAUCCUGGUGGUGGCCAAGUACUACUCGCGCGUGACGCUGCAGCGGCUGUCGGUGCUGCUGUCGCUGACGCCCGCGGAGGUGGAGAAGCACCUCGCGGACAUGGUGACGGGCGGCGCGGUGACGGCGAAGAUCGACCGCCCGACGGGCGUGGUGCGGCUGGCCACCAGCCGGCAGCCGCAGGAGCUGCUGAACGAGUGGGCGGGGAACGUGGCCAAGGUGCUCGACGUCGUCGAGCGCGCGUGCCAGUCGAUCGCGAAGGAGUGCAUGCAGCACAAGGUGUCGCUGCCGUCCAUGCCGGCGUAA